CCUUCCCCUGUUUUUGUGCUGUUACCAGCUGUUUCCUGUGUGCCAUUUCAAGGGGUUCAAUCGAAUUUCUUGCUCCUCCCUUCAGAUUUCUCUUCAUACAGAUAUUGGUAGACAGAGAGAACAUAUUCGAAUAUAAAUUCCUAAUUUGAGAGAAAGGAUAAAUUCCUAAUUUGAGAGAAAGGGGAAAAAAACAGAGGAGAUUGUGAGAAGGAGGAAGAAGAAGAAGAAGAAGAAGAAGAAGAAGAAGAUAAUGGUAGCUUUGGUUUCUCGCACCGGUAGGCAUUUGCAGCGUUACAACCAAGGCCGUCGCCAAGUCGUUGGAUGCAUUCCAUAUCGAUACAGAGUAACAUCCUUGGGGGAAGAGAAGAAAUUAGAAGUCCUCGUUAUCAGUUCACAGAAAAAAGGCAAAGGGAUGUUGUUCCCCAAGGGCGGUUGGGAAUCUGACGAAUCCAUAAUAGAGGCAGCCUUGCGUGAGACGGAGGAGGAAGCUGGUGUAUUAGGCAAUCCUGAGCACAUGUUGGGGAUAUGGCAUUUCGAGAGCAAAAACCAAGACACCAACUACGAAGGAUACAUGUUCCCGUUGCUCGUUGAGAAGCAACUCGAGUUUUGGCCCGAAAAAGCCUUUCGCCAGAGAAUUUGGAUGAGUGUGACCGAAGCGAAGGAGUCAUGUCAGCAUUGGUGGAUGAAGGAAGCCCUAGACGUAUUCGUACGCCGGCUCGGAUCAACAAAACAGAAGAUCAAAGAGGCUGAAGUAGUCGGACCGUGUUCUUCCUGUACUUUAUGCUAGUACCGGAAAUUCAUCCACCCAAUUCGUGUACAUAGGAAAUUGUUGGGUGGGGAAAGGGUGAAAUGGGAUUGCUGUUUUUAUAGCAGAGGAGUAGCUUAAGUAGGAUCAGAGCAAUCCACGGAGAGGAAAAUCCUUUUGAAGGAGUGGAAGAGAAUUGGGCUGUGUUCUUGUUUCAUUUUCAUUUUUCUUGGGUUCUUUUUAGCUUGUUCCGAUGGGUGUUAGAUGUCGUUAAUUGAUUCGAACAAGCGUAUUCAUUUCGUAAAUGAAGCAAUGCACAAAUUUUUCAA